AUGUCUCUUGAGGCAGAGUUUAAAACGGUGGCGGAGGAUGUGAAGAAGGUGAAGACGAGGCCUUCAAAUGAUGAGCUGCUGAUCCUUUACGGCCUCUAUAAGCAGGCCCUUGUUGGAGACAUUAACACUGACAGACCAGGAGGGCUAGACGCAACAGGAAAAGCCAAAUGGGAUGCCUGGGACUCCAGAAAAGAGCCAGCGCCUGAGCGGACCUUUCAGCACCAAAGCAGCCUGCCGCCUCUACCUGUCCCCUCUCUGCCCAGCAGCCUCUCCAAGUACCUGGAUGCAGUUCGUCCAUUUGCAUCUGAGAGUGAGUUCAAAGCUACGGUGGACAUUGUGAGGACGUUUCAGGAGGGUGUAGGGAAGGAGCUGCACCAGAAACUGCUGCAGAGAGCAAAGAAAAAGAGGAACUGGCUGGAGGAAUGGUGGUUAGACACAGCCUACCUGGAGGUCCGCAUCCCGUCUCAGGUGAACGUGAACUUCGGUGGUCCGGCGCCUUACCUGGAGCACUGCUGGCCUCCUGCUGAGGGGACGUCCCUACAGCGGGCCAGCAUCACCACCUGGUUUUCACUCCAGUACUGGGACCUGAUCCGGACGGAAAGGUUAGCCCCCCAGAAAGCUGGCAAAGCCCCGUUAGACAUGGAUCAGUUCAGGAUGCUCUUCUGCACCUGCAAAGUACCCGGAGUGCAGAAGGACACCAUUCGGAACUAUUUCAAGACAGAGAGCGAGGGUCCGUGCCCUUCCCAUCUGGUGGUGAUGUGUCGUGGGCGGAUAUUUACAUUUGAUGCUCUGUGUGAUGGAAAAAUCCUUACUCCUCCAGAACUUUUCAGGCAGCUGAGCUAUGUUAAAGAGCGCUGUGAGGGGGAGCCAGAGGGAGACGGAGUGGCUGCUCUCACUUCUGAAGAGCGGACUCGCUGGGCAAAGGCGAGAGAACAUCUUAUAAGCAUUGAUCCCCACAAUAAGUCAAUCCUGGAGACCAUUCAGAGCAGCCUGUUUGUCAUAUCCCUGGAUGACAGCAAACCCUGCUCUACACCAGAGAACUACACAAAUAUUACUACGGAGGCCCUCGCUGGCAAUCCCACCAUCCGUUGGGGUGACAAAUCCUACAACUCGAUUGUGUUCUCAAAUGGCACUUUCGGAUCUACUUGUGAUCAUGCGCCGUAUGAUGCUAUGGUGCUGGUGUCUAUGUGCUGGUAUAUGGACCAGGAAAUCAAAGCUUCUGAUGGCAAGUGGAAGGGCUCAGACGCCGUCAGGCCGAUGCCCCCUCCAGAGGAGCUGCUGUUCACUGUGGACGAAAAGGUUCACAGCGACAUCCAACAGGCCAAGCAGCAGUACCUGGAAUCGACGCAGGACCUUCAGACUGUGUGCUACGGCUUCAUGGCGUUUGGAAAAACGGCCAUCAGAGAGAAGAAACUUCAUCCAGACACUUUUGUUCAGCUGGCGAUGCAGCUGGCCUACUACAGACUGCACAAGAAGCCAGGAAGCUGUUACGAGACAGCCAUGACGCGGAAGUUCUACCACGGUAGGACAGAGACCAUGCGACCAUGCACGCAAGAGGCUUUGAGCUGGUGUAAAGCCAUGAUGGAUCCCACAAGUGAUAUGCACACCAGGAGAAAAGCCAUGCUGCUGGCCUUCGACAAACACAACACCCUGAUGUCUGAGGCCAAAGAGGGAAACGGUUUUGAUCGACAUCUUCUUGGAUUGUAUCUCAUCGCCAAAGAGGAGGGACGUCCCACACCAGAGCUGUUCAUUGAUCCUCUCUACUCACGGAGUGGUGGGGGUGGAAACUUUGUGCUGUCGUCCAGUCUGGUGGGUUACACCACAGUUCUGGGGGCGGUGGCUCCCAUGGUGCACCAUGGAUACGGCUUCUUUUACCGCAUCAGGGACGACAGGAUUGUGAUUUCCAUCACAGCAUGGAGAUCUUACCAUCAGACCGACGCUGCCUCCCUGUUCAAUAACUUCUCCAGCUCCCUGCACGAGAUGCUCCACCUUGCCACCACGUCUCAACUUUAA